AAAACACAUGGCUAGAGUUAGACCAUAUACGCACUUGAUAAAAUGUAAAAUUCCAUAGAUUUGCACAUAAAUCGUGACUCAAUUGAAUUGGAAGAUAAAUAAAAUUAAAGAAAAACACUAUCAGUCAAGUGUUUGAAUUUGUUUUGCCGAAAUUCGGAAUUGAAACAGAUGUAGCAAGAUGUCUGUGUAUAGCGCAUCGGUAGCGACAACGCCAAUUCUCAAAUCGGCCAAUACAUCGUUGAAUCGAAAGAAAAUCCACGAGCGCAUUAGAAACACAGUGCAAUUUCAAUUAAUCAGUGAGAAUGGGUUGCGAAAAGUGCUUGAAGAUGCUGCAAAAGGCGAAAACAUUGGUGCAUAUGAAGAUUACAUUCGAGCAAUGCGUGACGUGGACCUAAGCGAUCCGGAUUUUGGUGUUUUAAUUAAAGAGGCUCGUCAAUGCAUUGAACUACUCAAACCAAAGUUCACAAUUUUCGUUGAGACUCUCAUCAGUUUGAAUUGGAUUAAUCGCAAUGAGUCACUUGUUGUUGAAUAUCAAAAGUUUCUCAUUGAUUUGUUAUCGGAACACAAUAAAUACACGAGUUUUGCACUGUCGAAAUUGAUACAAUUCUGGAUUCCAAAAGCAACUGAUGAACUGUUUUGGAAAAAUGGCAUUCCCGAUGAACGUGUCAAAUUUUUCCUAAAUCAUGUCCAUCAAACCCUCGGCAAAAUACUCGAUGUGAUCCCAAUGGCAAACGAUUUUGCCAUGGAAGUGAUUGAAAAACUAUUUCCAUACUACUCAAAACCAUCGUUUGUGGUUGCCGGUUAUAUGUAUAACAUGAUGUGGCUGAUGGAGUAUCGGCCAAUGUUUCGUGAAGAUAUUUUACAGUUAUUGUUUAAAAAUUUCGUCCUCAUGGACGUCAGCAUGCGACGAAGUGAUAUCGAAGCAGCUGAACGAUUGUCCCUAGAUGCAGAAGAAAUUUUCAAAAUGGACGCUGAUGAUGUAAGACUUCAAAAUCAAGAUGGAAUGCAACAUCCCAUCGCAAAUACAAUGGAUAUUUGUUUGGACAAAAUUUUGUCGUACAUCAAAACACAGUGUCAACCAAAUUCGAAUGAAGAUUCAAACAAACACAUUGUUCGCCUAGAGCAUUUCUUCAAAAUUCUACUGAAAUCGUUCGAAAAUCUAAUUUUACCAACACAUAAAACAAAUCACAUUCAAUUUGUUAUGUUCUAUUUUUGUAGUCUCAAGACUUCAAUAUCCGAUUCAUUCAUCAAUUACUUGUGUUCAAAAGUCUGGGAUCCAAAUGUAGCAACCACCAUACGUCAAUCAUCUGUUGGUUACAUUGCAUCAUUGUUGGCACGCGGCAAAUUCAUUUCGCAACAGCGAAUAAAGUGUACGUUGCACGAUUUGUGCCGAUGGGCACAUGAUUAUGUUGAAAAGUCUGAUUCCAGUCAAAAUACGACGUCUAUUAAGGCGCAUUUAGUAUUCUAUGCUGUGUGUGAGGCAAUAUUCUAUGUGAUAGCAUUUCGUAGCCGUGAUUUAACAAAUUCUAGCGAAAAUUUAACAUUUUUACAAUCGCUCCAAUUAUCAACAUUGGUGACGUCUCAUUUGAAUCCAUUGCGAGUGUGUUUGCCAGCUGUGGCCACUGCAUUUGCCGGUGUAACACGAGCCCAUCAGCUUGCCUAUUGUCAUACGAUUUUAGAACGAAAUGCACGACGAAAACUGGCCAUGGUUUAUCAAAAUGAAAUUGUCAUGCCCGAAGAAACGUUAGACACAACGUUCCCAUUCGAUCCGUAUCUACUGAAAAAAUCGAGUGCAUAUAUUACUGAUAUUUAUCAACACUAUCAACCAUGUGAAGAUGAAGAUCCAAAUGGUGUGCACCAUGAAAUAGCCACCAAUGAACAACGACGACGAAAACGCGUCGAGUCAUCCAGUAUGCUGUCUUCGGUCGAUGACGAUGAUUUUCUCAACGAUCCAAAACGAAAUAAAUUAGCCGAAUUCACAAAAAAUUAUGAAAAAGAAAUUCUCUUCUCGUAUGGCACGUCACCCGGAUUUCAUUGAGCAUUUAAAAUUAAAAUAAAAUUAUUGAAAAAAUAAUAUAUAUUGUAUUUGAAUUAAUUUAUUCCAAUGA